AUGUCCGACAAACCUCAUCUACUGACACUCCCAAUGGAGAUACGAUGCCACAUCUACUCAUUCAUCUAUCUUGAGGACCGUAUCGUGGAAUUCCUCCACCCAAAGUCUCACUACACCAAGACCGCUCUUUUCUUCGCCUGCCAUCAGCUCUACCAAGAAACCUUGGAGUACUAUUAUGGCAGAAACACGUUCUCCCUUCCGCUUCGGAAACCGUUCGCCAUGUCGGGCUGGCGCUUCCUUCCUCGGCACUUCAAUCUGGUCAAAAUGCUGCACCUGGAGGCGAACACAUUUUUCUGGAUAUCCUCGAGCAACAGCGCAAAAGCCGCGGAGCAUGAGAAACACUGCAAGCGACGACUAAAAAACUACCUCAGCGCCAUACUCUGGGCAAACCCGGGGGUAGUGGCCCCAAGUCUGAAAACAUUGAUUUUUGCGGAUAGUGUGCCACCAAGUCACGACCAAAUGCACUGGCCCCAGAGUACAGAAAGGUCCCAAGAGUUACUAGAGGGGUACAUCCAAGUGUUUGAGGAAUUGAACGUCCGGGUUGGGCAGGUGCUGUUCAAAAUCGAUCAAGACUCCAGAUCAUCCUGUUCUUCCUAUGCAGAAACGUGA